AUGAAAGCUAAGAUCAUGUUAGUUCAAAGUUUCAUAUUAUUCUUCAUUUCAUAUCCGUCAAUAGCGGAAACGGUUAAUAAUAAUAAUUAUCAUCAACGUCGUCACACGUUUUCGUCAUCAACAUUAGAAUUUACAGCUAAUGUUGAUUAUAAUAAACUCUAUCAACGAUCAUUGAAUAUUAAUAAUGCACGCGUCAUUAGUACUGAACCACAAGAUAAAUUAUGGUUUGCUAUUGAGAAUGGAACUAUAUUUGCUUUACCAUUAUAUGGAGAUUAUUCAGGUCCAUUUUUAAUACAAUUUCAACAAUUCAAUAAUAAUUCAUAUUCAGAUCUUAAUAAUUUAAUUGAAUUAAAAUUAAAUUUUAAUUUUACUCCAUCAUCAUCUUUAUUUUAUCCAUCAAAUCAUCUCCUUCUUGCUUUAUUUAAUAUUUCAUCAACAAAUUAUAAGAAUUCAUUAUUAAAUCGUUAUUUUAUUAUUCGAACAUUAUCAUUAGCACUUAAUUUAAGUGAAUCAUUAUUAACCAUACAUAAAAUAAAUGGUUCUAUGAUAAAAGUUUAUUUUUCAUGUGAUUUAUAUUUCUCAACAAAUAUAACAUAUCAAUUAAAAAUACUUAUUGAUCGUUAUUAUUCAAGACGUUUGGAAUUAAUACCUUUGUUUCCUUUACCAUUAAUUGAAAUAUCUAUUAUACGAUUUUAUAAAUUAACAACAAUAACAACAACAACAACAGUAACAACAACAACACCAUCACCAUCACCAUCACCAUCGCCACCAUCAAUAACAGCAAUGAUAAGUCCAAUAAUUGAAAUAAAAAAAACUGAAUUAACAAUACGACCAAGAUUAUUAAAUGAUAAUUCAAUAAAACAUAAUCGAACAGUAACAUCAUUUAAUAAUCUUAUUCUUCUUAAACAAUUUUAUCAACCACUCGUUAUUGUACCAUUGUCAAUAAUUGCUAUCGGCUUAUUUAUAUGUGCUAUAAUUGCAUGUUGUCUUUGUUGUAAUCGUCGUUCAUCAUCAUCAUCAACAUUACUUUUACCAAGUGGACCAUCUGGUAGUCCGAAUAAUAAACAUUUAUAUCAACAUUAUUCAUAUCGAAAACAUAAGCAACAACAUGAAUUUUAUAAAAAAAAAUAUCGAUAUCAUGAUCAAAAACAAUUUAUUUCAAAAGGCAUUCCUGUUGUAUUUGCCGAAGAACUUGAAGAAAAAAUUGAACAAACACAUACACCAUUGGUUAUGCGUAUUGAAAAAGCACCAUUUAAUGAUCAACAAGAACAAAAUGAAUUAGAAAGACCGUCAUUUUGA